UUUUUUCUUUUUUUUUUUUACUUAUUAUUUCUAACUUUCUUAGUGCACGUUUUCUUUUCCGUCACCUGUUUGUGUUUGUGGGCGUUUGCCUCAAAAGUGGUUCAGCGCAUUUUGGCUGUUGCGAAUGAAAACGACGUGAUACACAGAAUAGAAACAAAAGGUUUUCCGGAAGACUGUAGGAAAGAUAAUAGUGUCUUUGUUUGCUGUUCAACCAGGAGUACAACUGGAAUAUAGAUAUAAAAAUAGCUUACGUUUUAAGUCAUAUGCUGAUAAGUGGGUGUUGCUUGUGUUUGCAGUGUGUCUGUGUGUCUUACACAAACACACACACACACACACACACACACUAGUCCUGUAGGUGCACUAUUUUUCCAAAAGUUUGAGGACACCCAGUCACAACUAUGAGCUGACCCAUGUAAGGACUGGAGAGCUCUGACACACACGCACACACACACUAGUUACACACAAGGACCCUACAAUGGCAGCCUUCACUGGCACCUGUGACUCGAAGGUAAGUCGGGGAUCCAGGCUCCGAAGAAAAGACAAAAGCCGGUUCAACGAGUCUGGAUGUCCUCUGGAGCAGAGUGACUGUAGCACUGUGCUGGAGAAGAGUCAGGAAUUCUUUCAGAUUUGUGACAUCGAGGACAAGGGCUUUGUUACUCGGCGGGACAUGCAGAGGCUGCUUGAAGAGUUGCCUCUGAGUUCUGAGGAGCUGGAGAAUGUAUUUGAUACACUGGACACUGAUGGAAACGGAUACCUUACCCCAGAGGAGUUCUCCUCUGGCUUUAGUGAGUUCAUAUUUGGCCCUUCAGCAUCAGCAGCAGCUCCACAGUCUACUCCAAUGCAUGUAUCAGAUCCGAUUUCUCCUGAUAUGCUCUACCAGAGUGAGUGGGAGAAUAAACUCAGUGUGAGCGAGGACGAUGAGGAGAAACAUUUCUGCAUCCUAUUGGAGAACCUCGGAGCCAGCAAUGUCUUUGAGGAUUCAGGAGUAGUGCGCAGUCUGUGGGCACAGCUACGCAAAGAUGAGCCCCGUCUCCUGUCUAAUUUUGAGCAGUUUCUUGCAAGGGUUACUUAUCAAAUUAAAGAAGCUAACCAGGAAAAGAGCGAAAUGGAAACUGCUUUGAAAAGGAAAGCAGCUUCCCAUGAUGAUGAAAUCCAGCGUCUCUAUGAGGAGAUGGAGCAGCAGAUCAAAAAUGAGAAGGACAGGAUUCUUUUACAGGAUUCCGAAAGGUUUUUAACGCGCAGUCAAGAUCUUGAGUGCCAGCUUUCCAGCAAAGAGCGGGAACUUGAACUGCUUUCAAACAAACAGAAAAGGUUAGAGCAGCAGUGUCGUGAGCUGCACAGCGAGCAGAGGGAGACUGCAGUAGAGAAUGUGAAGCUGAAGCAGUAUAAUGAGGAGCUCUCUCACGAGCUGGAGCUCACAACUCAGGAGUUGAAUUUGGCACAGGAGCAACUGGGUCUGCUACAGGAACAAGCCUCUAAUCUACAGGAAGAGCGAGAGCUAGAGAUGUAUAGAGUUACAGAGGGUUUGCAAAGAGAAAGAGCAAGUCUGCUUAAGCAACUAGAUUUACUAAGGGAAAUGAACAAACAUUUACGAGACGAGCAGGACAUCAAGUGCCAUCAAAAACCAAAGACCACAUCUGUAAAAGCAUCAAAGAUACAGAUAUCUGGACACACAGAAAGAAAACAAUCAUUCAAGAGCGAUGAUGAAGAAGACAUACUGCCACAUUUUAAGAGGAAGAGUGCAGUCGGUAUAAAAGGGCACAAUCUGGCACUAAGGCAGCAGGAUCAAGUAGAGGGUUCGCAUUCUCCUCUACAGAGGAUUAUCUCCAUCGAGGAAGACCCCCUCCCCCAGCUCCUGCAAAAGGAGUACCAGGCCGAGCUCAGGAACUGGAGUGAGGAAGAGGAGGACCUGGAAGAGGACACUGACCUCCAGAUGACCAGUAUCUACCCUUCUGCCAGCACGCCGAUCUCACAGUGUCCUCCACCAGAGAGAAGGCAUACACACACUCCUACGUCACCCAGAGGGCAACCAGUGGGCAAAGAGACUGUCCAUUCGGAGGAAGGAGCGAGCCCAGGACCAGACCGUCUGUUUAAGGUUGUUUUGGUGGGAAACUCCAGCGUCGGCAAGACUUCUCUACUGCGCCGUUUCUGUGAUGACUGUUUCUACCCCGGAUCCUCUGCAACUGUUGGUAUUGACUACAGUGUAAAAACGCUUAUAGUGGACAACAGCCAGGUAGCACUGCAGAUGUGGGAUACAGCUGGCCAGGAAAGGUACCGCAGUAUCACUAAGCAGUUUUUCCGCAAGGCAGAUGGUGUAGUGGUCAUGUAUGACAUCACCUGUAAGCAAACUUUUACAGCAGUGAGAUCAUGGCUGGUCAGUGUGCAGGAAGGAUCAGGAGAUGACAUUCCUGUCAUGUUGCUGGGAAAUAAGACCGAUCUGGAUGGCCAGAGAGAGAUCCAGUUCAGAAUGGGAGAGAAAUUGGCUAGAGAGUCUCGGCUGAUUUUCUUCGAGUGCAGCGCUUUUUCCGGUUCCAAUGUGACUGAGUCCAUGGUGCACUUGGCAAGGAUUCUUAAGGAACAAGAGGACAGACAGAAAGAGAAAACAGUCUCCCUGAUUGAUGCCUCUUCAAAGAAGAAAUCCUGCUGCUAGCGGAGAGAUCAGACAAACACACCCAUACACGUAGACCACCUGUUCUAAGUGGCAGCUCAUCACCUCUGUCUCUAUAGUUUUAAUAACACAGAAUGUUUUACACACUUCACACCUGUGUUUUAACAUCAUAUAACACUUUUAGACAUGUUCCGUGAUUGUUUUUAACUUUGGCCACACAAAUGGGUAGUGUUACGAGAGGAAGAUUUGCACUAUUGAUAUCGUACCAAAAGCAAGAUUCCGCUUGAUCAUGAUAUUUAAAUCAAGCGUACAUUAUUCAACUGUCGAGAAAAGGAAACGACGGGAAUCUGAUAUGGAAAUUUUUGUGUGUUUACAGUAUAAAUGUUUACAUUUCUGAAUUUAAAAUGCCAAAUUGGUGUCUAUUUGUAAGUUUAAUAUGAAACAGCAUUUAGAAGAGUGUCAAUAUACGGUAGUUUAUUUUACUGUCUGCACAAAUGCGUUUAUUUUAGGUUUCGACCAAAUGCUUUGGAAAGAACAUUCAAUAGGAAAUCUGGCAACUUGAUAUAUUUUGUAGAAAUAUGUGUGCUGGGAAAGCAGAGUUUGUGCCUGCAUGUUUGUUAUUUGUGUUAGUUUUAAUGUUCCUUUGAUACGUGGCCUAAAUUCACUCACUCUGCUCAAGCAAUUUACUGCAAUCAGUGUUGACACCACUGCCAAAUCUCAAUGGAAGCUUGGAAAUGUUCGUGUUUUUUUUUUUUUGUUGUUUUUUUUUUGUUUUUUUUUUUUGUCAGCUAUUUUUCACACAUUUAGUGCAAUCAGUGUUCACUCCACAGCCAAAUGAAUGCUCAGAGCUCCCCAUGUUCUCCCAGUGGUACAGCAAUUUCUUAUUAUUGUUACAAGAUUUGUUUUUGGCUUCAAGUAUAUAUAUGAAAGACCUUAGCACUUGGUGAUGAUCAAGAAGGGCUUGUUUUUGUUUAAUAGCAUCAAAUAAGUCUGAGGCCAUGAUUGGUCUGAUCUGCCGCUAACAUGUGCUAGGUUUUAUCAUCUCUGCCAUGUUUGACAAAUGAGCAUUACGCUGACCGAUUAAGCCACACCCCUUGUAAAUGCAUAUUCAAACACAGGUUUCACUCAGGGAAACUUGCACCUGCACUUCCCCUGUAAUGUGCCAUGUAUCUGAGCAUUUUCUCGGCUGUAAACAUAUGAAGGACUUGCUUGAUAUGCUAUUGAGAGCGGGCAAAAUGCCACAACAUUUAGCGGUAGACGCUGCCCGUGAAAGGUAACUCUGUCGUAAUCGAACUUUAUUCUAUAUUUUGAAGCAAUUUAAAUAAAAAUUAAAUAUAUUUA